AUGUGUAAGAAGUGGAGAGUUAGAGAGGGAAGAAUCGGAUUCGAAAGCGGACAGGCUUGGCUCCCUGCGCAUGACGCAAUUGCGGUUCCUGAGCGCAACGGAUAUACGAUAUUCGCCAUCUUGCGUAACCGUACGGUGGAUUCCAAGGGGCCCCCGGUUUUCAUCAAGAUUAAUAAUUACUUGGUCAAUGCAGAUAGGCCCCCGACGGUGCUCAGUGUCAGUAAGCUACGACCUAUUGGGAUUGACUUUGGCGGCACCAACUGGGGCCGCUCGGCUUCGGCCUCGAGCACGAAAACUCCGACGGAUUAUGUAUUUCAUGGGGCAGAUGGGGCGCCCCGGAGUGAUGAUCAUGCCCCGAGUGUCCCGAAUCGCUUGAAAUCAGGCCUAUAG